GUGAAAUCGGUUAAUCUGGACUCCUGGACGCCGGAGCAGGUGCAGAGUAUGCGUGUGAUGGGCAACAAACUGGCGCGUCGCGUCUACGAGGCCGAACUGCCCGAACAUUUUCGUAGGCCUCAAACCGAUUCCGCCCUUGAGUCGUUCAUCCGUGCCAAAUACGAACACAAAAGGUUGCUUGCUAUUGCUUUGGGAUGCUCUAGCGUGCGCGCAAAUGUCAAAAAAGUUGACCAUCUGCUGGACGCAACGGAGGAAACUCGUGUUGUUACCGGUGACACUGUUGCUGCUGAUCCCACAGUUUUGGCUGUUGGAGGUGGCGGCGAUUCUCUUCUUUUGGACUUAACUACUCCAGUCAGAGAGACUCAGAGUGCAUUCACGCAUUCAGAUGUGGGAGCCGGUGAGGGAGAUGUUUUUGAAGAUUUUGGUCCGAUUGUUUCCGCACCGCCAACCAAUGAUCGUCCGGAGAUUUUUGCUACAGAUGCCGAGGCGUCCUCUUCCUCCAACGUUCGUAAUGGUAUCACAAACAGUGGCUCGGAAAAUAAUUUGGAUGAUUUGGUGGCGGUUUUAGGAGCCCGUCCUCCUGCAGCAAAGAAGAGCACUUCAGACAUACUUGCUUUAUAUGAGACAGCUCCCAAAUUUUAUGCAAGACCCGUGAAACAACAGCAGCGACAGCGCACUGAGCUCUUGGAACGCAAGCUGAUCGUUCCUGUGCAGGACAUUUAUUUAUGA